GAGACUGAAUUGCCUAACAUAUAAUUGGUUUCUAGAUAUAGAGAUAGAGAAGAAAGAGCUUUGAAUUGGUUGUUGCUCCUUCCCUUUGUGGUCCUGCUUGUACAGUAGCAAGAUCUUAUCACUCCGUGCAGCUUCAUCCCAUAAAGAUGGAGGACUAUGAAAAGUUUUGUAAGAAGCAUUUCUCCAGAAUCCAAGAAGAGGCUAUGAAAAGAGAACCCUCUUGCAGUCCUCAUAAAAAUAUCUCACUCAUCCAGUUCCAUGGAGUUCCUGUGCUUUCCCCUCUGCUUAGCCUUGAAAAGAAAAAGGAAAUACAGGAAGACAAGCAAAAAGCACUGGACUUAGAGAUCUGGAGACAGAACUCCAAGAAAAGAGCUUUACUGAAUCGUGUUCAGGAGAUUAUAGAAAAUGUUCAGAUCAAGAAAGCAUCUAGUGUGAGUGAGUUGAACAAGUGGGAGGUUGAGAAUGCUUGCCUUAAUUCAGAAUCAAAAGCUUUGACUGACUUUACACCUCUGUCAGAUGCCAAUUUGUCAUGUCUUGCUGUGAAGAAUCAUUCCACAGAGCUUGAAAAGACGCCAGAAAUGAAGCCAUCAAAUGCCACUGGGCAGGUGACAUCCAGUGUGACAGAAAUGGUUAAGGUUAUAGAAGAAAAUGCAAAGCAAACUGAGAGUCACUUCUCAAAAGACAUACCUCGUGCAAAGGCUGUGUCUUCUGACAACGCAAGUGGUAAACUUGCUUCACAGGCUUUGCAAAUCCCGGGGAGGCCAGGGCUGCCGCUCUCUGAUGAGGAAGCCCAAGAUCCCUAUGCAAUGAGUCUUCAGAACCUUCUGAAAAAAUCUCGGGAGUAUGUAGAGAAAGAACAAACCAGACGUAGCUCAAGAAGUAAUUCCAAAAGGUGUGUGAAUGAAAGUCAUUCAGAUAAAGAAAAUGACGCAGUUAAAACAACUGACUCUGUGAAAGAGAGAGCAAAGCUUACAGGCAGGAGCUGUGCAGUGCUUGAUAAACCCACUCUUAAUAAGUCAAAUGCAAUUCUCCAAGGUGCCUCAACUCACACAAGUAACACGAGUAUGCCAACUUUAUCCAGUUUUUCUAAAGUGGAUAUACCUGUGAGAGUUGGAACACCACCACUGGUGGAUUCAGAUUCAGAUGAAGAAUUUAAAAAUACUUCUACAUUUGACCGUGACAGUAGCAUUAUCAGGAGCCUCACAGGCUCUUAUGCCAAAUUGCCGAGCCCUGAGCCAAGCAUGAGCCCGAAAAUGCACCGAAGGCGCCCAAGACCCUUAUCGAUGGGACACAUAGUUAUAAAUAACCCUGUGAAUGCUUAUGAGCUGAGCCCAAAAGGGAAGGGAAGAGCAAUGGACUUGAUUUUGCAAGAUAUUGCUGAUAAAAAUAAUGUCUCUGAAUCGGUGCCAAAGUUAAUGGUGGAUCUUGCUGUGCUUUGCCCUGGCAAAGGUCCUGGUGUCCACAGGAAUUCUUCAGAUGCCUGUGAUGGGUUGGUGGCUGGCAAAUCCCAUCGACAUUCCUUUGGACACCUGGAGAGCAAAGGAAUGUUGUCUGCUACAGUGGAAGGACAGGUAGUGCUGGAUGGCAGAGGACAGUAUAAAGUAGAGACUAGUACUAAUAUUGUAGCUCCAAAAUUGCAAGAGCCGCUCGCAGUCAGCCAGUCCGUGGUCACUCAGAAGAUCCUAGCUGUGAAUGAAGCCCAACCACCUAAUUUGCUAGAACAUACUAAAUGUAAUUCUCCAGUAGAACUUAAUAAAUCUUACGAUGUUGAAAAUCCAUCCCCGCUACUAAUGCAAAGCAAGAAUAAGCGACAGCAGAUGGAUACUCCAAAUGUUUCCCUAGCAAAUGAACAGUUUCUGGAAAAUGGUUUUGAAAAGGUAAAACGUAGACUUGAUUUGGAUACUGAAAACUCCCAGAAAGAAAACAGUUCCUGUGUGUUAGCAGUUGGAAUGGAAGAACAGGAGAAGCAGUGGUUGCAAGAACAGAAAUACCCUGUGGGAUCAAUUUACAUUACCAAGAAUGUAGUUCCUGAUGGUAUUGCAAAAGAAGAGAUUUUAAAAACAAAAAUGUUGGCCUUUGAAGAAAUGAGGAAGAGACUUGAAGAGCAGCAUGCCCAGCAACUAUCMAUUCUGAUAGCUGAACAAGAGAGAGAACAGGAGAAAUUGCAGAAGGAAUUAGAAGAGCAGGAAAGAAAGCUGAAAGGAAAGAAURUUACUACCACAGAAAUAGAAAUUUCCAAAGUGAAUAUUAACAGUAGGAUGGAGUUGGAGUGGAGAAAAAAAAGCGAAAAUGGCUUUCCAGAAAGUAUGCAGUCUCAGAUGGAAACAGUCCAUAAUGCAAACUCUACCAGCAUGGGUUUUGCUCAUACUACACCAAGCACCUUUGCUUCAACAAGUGAAACUUCAUUCUUCCUCUGGGGCCCAUCAGGUAGUGGAGUUAUAAAAACAUCAGUAUCCAGGCCAAGUAACAGAAUCAAAACUAGGUGGACUCAGGUUUUCAGUCCAGAUAUACAAAUAAAGUUCAAUAAGAUCACUGCUGUGGCCAAGGGCUUUCUCACUCGUAGACUCAUGCAGACAGAAAAAUUGAAAUAUCUCAAGCAAACUGUCAAGGAUACUAUGGAGUUCAUAAGAAAUUUUCAGUCAGAAGCCCCAUUAAAAAGGGGAAGUGUUUCAGCACAGGAUGCAUCCCUCCAUGAACGAGUAAUGGCUCAGCUAAGAGCUGCCCUUUUUGACAUUCAUGACAUUUUUUUUAUAAUGGAGCCAUCUGAAAGAAUGAAUAUUCUGCAUCAUGAUCGUGAAGUUCGUAAAGAGAAGAUGCUCAGGCAAAUGGAUAAAGUAAAGAGUCCAAGAGAGAGAGCAACACUUUCAACAGCUACACAAAAAUCUCUGGAUAGGAAAAAGUAUAUGAAGGCUUCAGAAAUGGGAAUGCCAAGUAAAAAAAUAAUCAUAAAACAAAAAACUCCUGAAAGCCGAGUACUUCAGCCGAAUCAAGGACAGAAUGCCCCAGUUCACAGACUGCUUUGCAGACAAGGAACCCCUAAGACCUCAGUGAAGGGGGUUGAGCAAAAUAGAAAGAAGGCCUCAGAAAGCAGAGUGUCUAACAAGGCUGUUUCAGGAGCAUAUGCAGGAAGAACCCAAAAAAAGAAGCCAAAUGUUGUGACAAUCUGAGAAGACAGCACUCACUGGGAUAAAGGCUAUUUUUUAUUAAUGGCAUUCUCAGCAUUGAUUCAAAUAUUGCAUCUCCUAUACAUAUUUUAUAUAUAGAUAGAUGGAAAUGACACGCAUACACUUUAUUUAACAGCUCCAGCUGACAACAUGUUAAUACAGUCAUAUUGAAAUAAUGAAGGACUACAAAGCUCUAAUACUUGUGGAAAAUUGCAUGUUAAAAUCUAUUAUGUAGAUUAAUUUUAUUGCCGUGCACAGAUAAGAUUCAUAAUAUUGUGUUUUUUAAAGACGACCAUAGGGUAACGUUAAGUUAAUUUGUGACUUCUUUAYGCUUCUCUUACACUUCUAUCUGUCAUGUGCUUUUUGUAUUACUUAAAGUUGCAAUUUCUUUGUAUGGCUGCCACCAUAAAUAAGGGAGGUGUGUGCCUGUUUAGUUGUAUACCAUAAAAUGAGACCAGUUAAAUAAGGGGAAAAAAUAAUUGCAACAAAACAGAGCUCUUCCAUCAGUGAGUUUUAAGCAGCCUUUCUGAAUGUACUUUACACAUGUAUGCACUUACCUCAAUUCAGUUACUAAUUGCCUACAUUUGUUGUGUAUUUCUGCUGAUUUGGAUAAACAUGGACCAAACUGACUGCCGGACAGACAGAUGUACUUUUGAUGACUGUACUAAAGUUGCACCUUUAUACAUGGUAGAUCAAAACACUGUGUCAGAAGCAGCCUAGGAUGUUUUCCUUCCUUGCUGCCUGCUGAAUUUUCAUAUGGAAAUGGCUGUUUGGCCAAGAUGGAGAUAAGUAUAAAUCCUAGAAAAGUUUAAGGCAGCAAGUUUUCCAACAAUUUUUUUACCACUUCAGAUUUAUAAAUGAUUUAUCCAUAGUAAUAAUGCAAGUAUGUGAUGUUUUGUUCAUGACAGUCACACUUUUUCUGAGCAGUUUCUCUUCUACCAUGAACUGACAGGCCCUUGUACAGAAAUCRUGUUUCCUGAUUUCAGGGUAAAAGCAAAGGAAAACCCCAAACCUGACAAAAAAUACACUCCCAUUUCCAAAAUCUAACAGUAAAAAAUCAUGCUCGUAUUUUGUCUUGAUCUUUCUACUCAUAAACCUCCAAUUUAGGGGGAGCAGAAUUUUGCAACUUCCUUAAUGAAUUCCAGGAGACAGGCUGUUAAGUGGAGAAGAGCUUGACUGCGUAAGUCUUUGCAGUGCUUAUGACUUUGCUUUGUAACUAGUACUAGAGCAAGGAUUGCUAAAUGUGAAAUAGAUUAUUUUCUUGUUUUUCCACUAUAAAUACUGCAUGACACUUUAACUUCAGAGGCUUUGUAACAUAUUGACACUGGUAUAUGAGAAAUAAGAUUGACAAAAAAUUUCACUGUGUUAAAUAUUAAUAAAGAGGAACGUGAACAGGGGGAUGAAGGCAAUACCUUCAGGGGAAGCAGUAAAUGCAUGGGCUUGCCUGCAGAACUGUCUCUGUUCAUCUGCAACUAAGUUUGUCUCCKGUUGCUAGCUGCAUUGUAAAAACAAAUGUUUUAUACCAUGUGGUAGGUUACCUGAAUUGUGUACUUAGAAAAAGGCAAAAACACAGCUAAGCACCAGGAAGAUUGUCACUGCCCAAUGGCUCUUUUGGUUGGUUUUGAAGGUUUUGAGUAAGUAAUUUACACUCGGUAUUGUAAAUUAAGAAUUUAUACUCGUGGAGACUUGUCUCCUUAAUUUAAAUCCUAUUUUAAAAUUUCCACAAUACAAAAAAUGCCUGAGAUGAACUUCGUGCUUCCCUGUAGUCAUAAAAAGGUCUCWCAGUCCUCAACUUCUCUUCGUUUGGGUACUCUAUAAAUUGAGGUAGAAAACAUUUUAAGAGGGGAAAAAGUUAGUGACAAAUGUAACCUGUGCUCACAGGUUAUAAAACUUCAGUGUGCAAUCAAGUUUGCUGUUGAUAUAUAAUUGUUAAGGAUUGAUGUUUUUAAAAAAUCUUUUAAUGUGCUGUGUGAUUGUUAGCAUAGAUAAUAUGUUGGCGUAGAAGUAGGUU